UAAAAUAGAAUUUGACACUCUCGGCGAUGAAAACAGCAAAAAAAAUAGAAUGUUUUAGCACUACGCUAAAGAAAAUUUAAUUAAAUUGUACGUUUCCGAAAGAUACGUCAGGCAACCAACUUGACGGAAAUUUUCGCCCGACUGCGUCCAACCUAAAAAACUGAGAACAGGAACGAACUUGCAAUCUUGCGCUGUGUCUGAUCUGACAUUACCAAGUUUCGGUUUCAUCAUUUACAAAAAUUCUCUAAUUUACAAAAGUUUUUGUGAUAUAUCGUAAACCUUAGACAUACCAAAAUGCCACGAGGAAAGUUUGUUAAUCACAAGGGUCGCAAUCGUCAUUUCACGAACCCGGAGGAGCUGGAGGAGCAGCGUCGCCAGGAUGAAGAACGGCGACAGUGGAGAAAAAACAAAGGACAAGAUACAGACAGUGACGAAGAUGAAGAAGACCCAAAGGCUGCAGGUGGUAAUAAAUCGAAAAAAAGUUCCGACUCGGAGAGUGAAUCUGAAAGUGAUUCAGAUUCUGAAACAGAGGGUAAAGCGAAAGGCGUAGAACAUUUAAUUCCAGUCGAAAAUCCGAACAGGGUACAAAAAAAAGCAAAGAAAUUAUCUCAACUAAAUGAAUCUUUAGCCCAAGCGUCACCGAAACCUGAACUUUCUAGACGAGAAAGGGAGCAAUUGGAAAAGCAGAAAGCCAUUGCAAACUAUCAAAAAUUGCACGCGGCGGGUAAAACGGACGAGGCACGUGCAGAUUUAGCACGAUUAGCAAUAAUUAAACAGCAACGAGAAGAGGCUGCAAAGCGGCGUGACGAUGAGAAAAAACAGAAGGAAAUGGCGUUGAAACAAAAAACAGAACAGACGCAAAAAGCAUUGGGGAAAAGAGCCUAGGAAUUGUUUGUCGUUUUCGACAAUUGCAAAAAUAUUACGUCUGGUUAUCUGCGUCACUGCAAAAUGCAGUUCCCACUUUCGUCUGAAACAAUUCCAUUAAGCUUAACCGCGAACCGCACACUGCGUUCAACUGUCUUAAUUUGUAUAAAUACAAUUACUAAUAUUACAAAGGUAUUGAAAUACCCAUGAAGUAAUAGUUGGGAGUAAAUUUUCAAACAGCGCGCAAUAUUGCAGCAAUGAAUGAAUGCCCAAUCCAAAUCAAUAUUUCUAUGCAAUAAUGUAACAUUUUCUUUGAAUAUAUUCAGUAGGUAGGAGUGUGCACAAAAAUUUAAUUAAUAUUUAGGUAAUUGUUCAUAUAUUUAUUUAUAUUUUCUAAUGGAUGACAUCAUGGCUGAGCAAGAUUGCUACAAUUUUGAUCGGAAGGGAACAUUUAUAUAUUGCUACAAGAUUGCCAAAUAGUGUGAUGCAGCAUUGCGUGUUAUUGAGGCGAAUGCGAAAUACAAAAUUCCCGAGAUUUUUUGUGUCUCUUUUCAACGCUCAAUUUCGCAAUGAUUCUGCGGAGCAUUCAGCGCCAAAAAGGGAGACAUUCAUUCUCGGUUUUAGGUCCCACUUGUCCUUGGGGAGUCCACUACUCCUUAGUAAUACUUCGUGAAACACCCUUACGUCAUUUGAAAUGAAGAAAAAUAAAUGAAAUCAAUUUUUUUCAAUAAAUAUUUAAAAAAAAA